AGUACAUUGACCCACUCCUUCUCUUCGCCAAUAAGUACCCGGCCGAGCAUAGCAUUGCGUUAUACUCUUUCCAAGUUUCUAUCAUCAUCCAUUCUCUUCUCCAUCUAGCUGGCUACGUCCACGACAUCGAUUCUCUACCAGAGCAUUUUCCACUACCCACAACGAGUAAAAGUGACUGACACAGCGGCCAAAUCCAAAGAUGGCGUUGGCGACGGUGGGGGGAUUCCUGGGUCAGGCCAUCACCCAGGAUGGGGUGACCAGAGGAGUCUCCUACAUGGUCUCCAGGCAUCAGGAGAGGGCCUCCAUGGAUGACACCUACAGCAGGCUGGAGAUGGCGCAUGCCCAGCUGAAGUUCGCGCUCGAGAGAUCCGGCAAGCUGCCCAUCACCGAUUUGUCCUUGCUGGGCCAACGGAGGACCAUCAACCGCGUCUUCCAAGAGUGUGAUGUGCUCUUGAGAAGCAAGCAGCCGCCGGUUCGGGUUCUUCUGUGUGAUGACCAACAAGCCAGGCAAGGGGUAAUAGCAGCAGCAACAGCAGCAGCAGAAGAAGCAGCAACAGGAGUAGCAGCAGCAGAAGUAGCAGCAACAGCAACAGAAGCAGCAGCAGCAGCAGCAGCAGCAGCAACAGAAGUAGCAGGAGAAGUAGCAGAGUUCUUAUGUUCAUCCUUUUCCCCUAUUGUCAACAUUGCUCUUGAUGCGGUACGUUCCAUCUCGUCUUCCCUCGGCAUCAACACAGACGACGAGAUGAGCCUGAGCCGCGCCGAUGUUCAAAGGUUUGAGCGGUUUGCUGAGAUGGCUGAUAGGUUCAUCAGGAAUGUGGAGUCUGGCUGUUCGCUUGCACACUACAGGUUUUUCAGCCCUCUCAUCACGCAGCUUCUGCAAGGAUUUACGUUGGAGUACAACAUGGUGCAAGCAGGUCGAAGCCAACAACUUUGGAUAAACCCCGUACACACCGAAGAGCACGGUGUAGUUGCACUGCUAGUGUUCAGUAGCUUUGAUGAGAAGAUACCUGCAAAGUGUUUUGAGACAGUAGUGUGUCUACAACUAUCGGAAGACAUGGACAUAGUCGGGAUUGCCAUUCAAUGCGUGCAAUCACUCGGACCGCAGUUCAAAUCUUUGGGCCAGGUUGCCAUCGGAGAGCUCUCCCAGUUGCCUAUACAAGACAUGUGCGUUUCAGCUUAUUCGUCCGAGACUGACACUUGUGAAUCGCGUUUGUUCAUCAAUGAAAUCAGGCCAGACCCGUUAUGUUGCGAAGAAAAUGAUGUGCUGCGAAGGGCUUGUGCAAACAACGCCAUGUCAUCCAAACGGGAGUCAUACAGAUUUCCAGAACAGCUUCUCUUCAUGGGAUUUAGAUGCACCGUUUCAGCUUUUGAUCAGGACAACGUGCAAAGUUUAGCUGACAAAGAGGACACAAAUGUCGUGAAUGGCUGGCCACUUCUAAAUGUGUUAGCUACAUUUGCCCCUCAUUAUCGUAAAGGGAGCGGGGAGAAGUGUGCGUGGCAGACAUUUGGUGAGCAGGACGAAGAUUUGGAUGCAAUAACUAGCAUAGAACAAAUGGGAGAGAUGCUACUGACAAAUGCAAUCAGUUGCUUCAUGCGUGAACCUGAGCUAACUGCGUAUAACAUGAUUUGGCAGUCGCCUCAUGGUGCUGCAGUCUUCGUUGUUAACAAGAUCAAAGAGAAGUCCGCCCAGAACCAACACCAGGUCCAAGAUGUAACAGCCCAAGGAGAGCAGCAAAGGGAGGCCUGACGCCAAUUAGGUGUUUAGUAAGUGUAAGAGUCAAGUCCAGAUUUAGUUAAUAUAUUUUAUAUAUAUAUAUAUGCUUAAUCAGCCUAUGUGAGAUGAAGAUGUUAAAGUUCAAUCAAGGAAGGUCCUCCUAGCUAUGUCAGAUUUAGUUAACUACUCCAGUAGAUGUGAAGGACUUGUGUGCGGUCUGCUCUUUUAAUUGAGUCUUGUAGUUUGGAUGGUCUCCCAUGUGUAAUGCACUUGUUGCUUGAUUGAAUAAAGUGAAUUUAGCAUG